AUGGAUGCCAAGGCUGCAAAAACUGCUAGGGAAUCUCUUGACCUAGCGUUUCACAUGUCCAAUAUGCUUGACACAGGGCUUGAUCGUCACACACUUUCUGUGCUCAUUGCUCUUUGCGAUUUGGGUCUCAACCCUGAGGCUUUGGCUGCCCUCGUCAAGGAACUCCGGACAGAAACCAUGUCAUCUUCUUCAUCUCAGACUUGAAUUGAACAGGCACUAAUGAUCAUUCAAUGGUGACUCGCUCUAAGGCUGGUAUUCGCAAGCCGAGGGUGUUCAUUGCUACUAAGGAGCCACGGUCAGUCCAAGAUGCUCUAUGUUCCCCACAUUGGAAAGAGGCUAUGGCUCUUGAAUUUGCAGCCUUGCAACGCAACCACACUUGGUCACUUGUUGAUCUUCCACAUGGCCGAACCCCUAUUGGCUGCAAAUGGGUUUUUAAGGUCAAGGAGAAGCUUGAUGGGACUGUUGACAAGUAUAAGGCUCGGCUGGUCGCAAAGGGUUUUCAUCAACAACAUGGUUUUGACUUCACCGAAACAUUUAGUUCUGUUGUGAAGACAGUUACAAUUUGGGUGGUGUUGACUAUUCCUUUGGCAAAAGGAUGGCAGAUUCGACAAUUGGAUGUUGAUAACGCCUUUUUAAAUGGUGAUUUGAAAGAAGAAGUCUACAUGGUACAGCCGCCUGGGUUUGAGAAUCCUCAUAUGCCCUAUCAAGUUUGUAAACUUCAUAAGGCCCUUUAUGGUCUUAAACAAGCACCACGAGCGUGGUUUGACAAGCUUUCUACUGCCUUGUCCGCCAAAGGUUUUACUUCUUCAAAGCUGAUUCUUCUCUGUUUGUUUGUUCUACAACCAGUCAUUGUACAUAUGUUCUAGUUUAUGUUGAUGACAUCCUUGUCAUGGGCAGUUCUUCAUCCUUCAUUUCACAGCUAGUUUCAGAUCUUCAUAAGGAGUUUUCUUUGAAAGAUUUAGGUGAUAUCAACUAUUUUCUGGGCAUUCAAGUAACUCACACAGCCGCUGGUUUUCAUUUAUCUCAACGCAAAUAUGUUCAAGAUCUUCUUUGUAGGACCAAAAUGCAAGAGGCCAAAUCUCAAGCCACCCCAAUGAAUGCGGGACUCAAGCUAUCUACCUAUGGCAGCGACCCUGUAAGUGAUCGCUCCUUGUAUCGCUCUAUUGUUGGUGCCUUACAAUAUGCUACUGUCACACGCCCCGAAAUUGCAUAUAGUGUGAACAAAGUCUCAAUUCAUGCACAAUCCUCUUGAGUCUCACUGGAUUGCUGUAAAAAGGAUUCUGCGUUAUCUGGCUGGUUCACUCGAUUAUGGUAUUCAUCUUCAACGCCCAACGCAGCUUGUUCUUGAAGCAUUUAGUGACGCUGAUUGAGCUAGUGAUCCUGAUGAUCGUCGUUCUACAACCGACUUUUGUGUAUAUUUUGGCGGUAACUUAGUUGCUUGGCAAUCUAAGAAACAACAUACCAUUUCUAGAUCCUCUACCGAAGCUGAGUUUCGCAAUCUUGCCUCUGUUGUGACCGAGAUAGCUUGGAUUCAAUCAUUGCUUUGUGAUCUUCACAUCACUACUCGGCCUCCUCCCCUAGUUUGGUGUGACAAUCUGAGUUCCGUAAUGCUUGGAGCAAAUCCCAUUCUCCAUGCCAGGACCAAACAUAUUGAGAUUGACCUCUAUUUUGUUCGUGACAAGGUGCUUCAAGGCAAACUUAGUGUUCGUCAUGUUCCUGCUAUUUCUCAUAUUGCAGACUGUCUCACUAAGCCAUUAUCCAUCACUCGUUUCUCUGUUUUACGUGACAAACUCAGUGUUGUUUCUUUGAACACGCUGAGUUUGAGGGGGGCUGUUAGGGAUAUAGAAUUAGUUCAUUAGUUAAGCCUAAUUCUGUUUUUCUUAUUCCAGCUCUUGUAACUAAUUUCCGUUACAACAGAGUAAACUCUGUAUAUGUUUUGGCACCUUGUAUAUAAGGGCAUUUUAUGCCUUUUAUUCAAUAUACAGAAAUUCAUACAGAAACGUCUUCUUUCCUCUUCUUGAUUUUAUAACAGUUUUCAAUGAGUGUUUGUUUCAUUAGUUGUGCAAUGUUCUUUUAAAAGUAACCAAAAUAUACAUAAUUAUGAAACAAUAUUCAACUUUAAUGUUAAAAUACUUUUCAAGUUAUAGCUGCAA